CCGGGGGGUCUGGGGGGUCUGGAGUAAUCAGGGCUGAAAUUCACUCUAUUGAAUUUCAAGCCCUUAUGUUAAUAAAACUAAAGAACAACAAGUUCAGUUUAUUUAGUACUCUUGAUCCAUAUUCCAUAUGCUAUAAUACUAAAAAAAUUGCACCCACCUGGAUGAAUUUCAUAGUUAUAAGUUCAUCUGCUCGGCCUUCUUCCAUAAGUGAAGAUGAUGAUUCCGUGUAACAUCAUUUUUAGUUAUUGAAGAAGUGGAGCAGAUGAAAUUGAAUGCCCAUCAAACCACCCAAACCACCAACCGUGAAGUGCGCUGAGGAGACUAGUAAAAUGUCUUAUAAGAUGGUUAAGAUUUCGGUGUGGUAAAUUUAGGAGGAAAACCAAGAACUCAACCGUCCUUCAUUGAAUAUUUGAAGUUUCCAAUAUUAUAGCCGCCUGCUCCAUCAAGCGGAUGUAUAGUUAAUUACGGGGUUUUCUUGAUCUCACAAAUUAAAAGAACAAAAUAGGAUCAUGCCGAGCAGUAAUGGCGAUAAGUUUGGAAUAUGGUUCCCGCAGCUUGGGUUGGUUUUUGCCUUAAUGGUCCUCACAGGAUUGGGACUUGGAAUUGGAACUGCAGUUUCUUCAUAUCUACGCCUGCAUAAGGAGGAGUCUAAGAAGGGGGUUAAGGAGUUCAAGAAGGAGGAUAAGAAGGAGGUAGAGGACCGAAUAAGUGCAAUGCCAAAUGAUAUUCUGUGCUCCAUCCUCUCACGACUGGAUACAAAAGAUGCGGUUAGAACUAGCGUAUUGUGUAGUCGAUGGAGAAACCUCUAUCUUUUUCUGCCAAAUUAUUCUUUUGGCUGCCCAUGCGUGGCGAUGUUUCCUUUUUGCCGGUGUAGGUGUACUGCUGAGUACAAGAUUCUGACUGUCAUGGAUAGGUUUUUUCAAAUCCAUAAAAGAGCUGGCUGUGAAAAGAUCAAAUCUUUCAGGCUGUCAUUCUGUGUCAAGACAGAUUUCACAUGCCACAUUGAGCGAUGGGUGCAUCACCUUGCUGGAUUGGGUGUGGAAGAGCUUACGCUGAAGUUGUGUUAUCCAGGCGAAAAGAUCACAAUCCCGCUUCAGAAGCUUGUAUGCAAAGCAGCAACACCCAGGCUCACGUUUCUGCGUUUGAUCGCAUCCAAUAUGAAAUUAGAACCCUUCAAUCCCCAACAACAGCUCAAAUAUCUAAAAUCCAUAGAGUUGAUUCUUAUAGAUUCAGUUGACGUGCAGAGCAUAUUGUCAUCAUGCCCGAAGCUUGAGUCUCUAUCGUUGGAGUAUUGCCGUCUUUCUUCUAAGGUGAUCGUUGGCGAAGGAGAACAUCUGGAGUUGAAGUCAUUAACCAUUUCCAAUUGUAGUGGGAAGGAGGUGGAGGAGAUAUAUUUGUGUGCUGAAAACCUUGUGACCUUGAAACUUGGUGUAUAUAGUGAUUUAGCAUUGAAGUUCUCUCAUCCUUCCUAUCUCCCCAAGCUCCAACAUGUGAGCUUGGAGGUAGUAUACAAUGGUCAUUUGCUUCACAUCAUCAGCUGGGUAGCACAGGAUCGUUCUCAGGUUGAAUCUUUUUGUGUUGAGUCGUGGUCGCACACAAGCCAUGUGGCACAUGGUUUGCCGCUUGAGGUGCCCACAUUUAGCCGUUUGAGGCAGCUUGACAUACGAAUGGAGUUUAAUGACUUCUUUGAUGCGACCCAGGUUGCUGAUUUAAUCAUCCACUGUCCACUGCUUCAGAUAAUGCAUUUCGUGGGGAGGGAGAGAAGAACACCACCCAGGCCACUUGGUGCAAGGAGCCUAUCUCCCAGAAGUCAUCUUCAUCUUCAUCUAAAAGAAGUAGAAUUUGGUGGGUUCUAUGGCUUUGAGAAUGAGAUUUCUGUGGUAUUGUAUAUCCUGAAAAGUGCUUUGGCUCUCCAGAGGAUGGUUUUAAGAAGGGAUUCUUGCUAUACUGCAAUAUUUAAUAAGAGCAAAGGUUACCAAGAGCUCAGUUGGUGUGGAGAAUCACAGCGUACUUCGAAAUUUGAUGAGAGCAAAUCACAAGAAAUCCAUCAACAAUUGCAAGGGCAGGCUGCUUCUCCAACAGUGCAAUUGCUCAUCGUUUAGGCUGUCCUCUUUUGUGUUCUUUUCUUUUCUGAAUUAACUUGUUUAGUUUGAACUAGUUUGGUUUGGUAGGAGUUAUCAUGUGAUUCUUUUUUAAAUAUUAGGAUUUAGUACAUUAUUCAUAUCGUAGAAUUUGUAGUUAUUAGAAUACAAUGCUUUCAUUCUUCUUUAUAUAUGCAUGUAUCUGAAGUUCAUUGUCAAGGAGGCAUCACAUUUGACUUCACUAGGUGGUAUUACAGAGUCGGCAAGAUGUAUUCGGAUGAAAUGGUCGC